UCACAAAUGUCGGGGUACAAUACGCUUAUUGUAUGGAUGAUUUGGGGGAAUAGUAGGGGAAUAUUGUCCCGAUGUAGGGGCAGUGUUUGGGGAGUGAAACAUACUUUUGCUGUAGUUGCUGCACUUUUUUGUACAGACUUUAACAAGCCCUUGUCGUUGACGACUAGAACACAGUUCUUGGCUAUGGAUAAGACUGUACUCCAAUCCUUCAAGUAUGGUUAUGCUUCAAUAGACUUGUUCGAAAAGGAAAAAUUUUCUUCUACUUGUAGCUUUGUUCAAUGUCUUGGUAAACCAAACGAUGAUAUCAUUCAACUGGCUACUCAACUCAACCACUUGUGUUUUUCCAAACUCGUUACUCUCAAGGGUACUUGUCCAUUUUUAAAGAGUCAUUUCAAACAAUAUUGAGGUUGAACUUAAACAUGUUACAGACUGUGAUUUUGCUGAAUUGAAGCGUAUUUUUUUGUUAUGGUUAUUCAAAACAAGUACUUUUGAAAAGAGUAAAAAAAAUAACCAUUUUUUGUCAUUCUUCUUUUGCAUAGAAUGUGUCUUUAAAGCAUUGGCUCUUAAUGUUUUGUUGUCAGUGUGGAAAUCAAAGUUACCCUUCUUGGAAUGAUCUUUUACUGUUUUAAAUGGCUUUAUUGAUUUUUACAUACUUUCAGAUGAUGAGAGUGUGUACUGAGUUCAUAUGGAAAACGUGUGAACAGUAUACCCUUGUACAGAUAUUGCGACAGCUCCUUUUUCUUUUGAUCAUUUGCUGCUUUUUCGUUGAAACAAUAAAGCAAUGUGUACUACUCUUAUCAUAGUUACGUAACUUUACCAAUGAUAGCAUAACCUUUGUACUUGAAACUUGCGCCAACCUACAUUUGAAAUGUUCUUAAAGUUUUCCAGGAGGGAAAUUUCAAAAUUUCAAAAAAACCCGCCAAAAAUUCAAAUUUG